AUGUGCAAGAAGGCCACCUGCGGAACCUGCAACAAGACCUCCUGGUGGGGAUGCGGCAGCCACAUCUCUUCCGUCCUCGACAGUGUCCCCGCCGCUGAACGCUGCGAGUGCGAGCCCAAGGUCGAGGUCGGGGGAACCUCGUACCCCCCCAUGGCGGCGUCGCCCAACUGA